AUGGCGCGGAUGAUGCUGUCGCGCAAAACCACGAAUAUCCUGGUGUUUAUCCUCCUGGUGAUCAUCAUCGCCUCGGUGCUCAAGAUCAGUCUGCCCGAUGCCUCCCUCGAUCCGGCCAUCCUCUACCAUCAUGCCACCGGCCAGGAUAAGAACGAGCCGGACCACUGGGAAUGGGAGACGACCACACGCUUCGUGCCCCUGAAGAAUAGGCCCGCCGCCAGCCCUGCCAUUCCUUUCGCUGAGGCCGACGAAGGCCGUCUCUGCGAAUCCUUCCCCACGUAUUUGAUGUCGCGCAUUCAGGUCACCCUGAAAAUCGGUGCCUCCGAGCCCGCCGAUCGCGUAGACGCUCAAAUCUCGACCGUUACCCGCUGUAUUCCGAACCUCCUUAUCGUCUCCGAUCGAGAAGGCGAGCUCAACGGUCACCGCGUUCACGACAUCCUGGCCACACUCCCCGAGUCGUUCCGCGCCAACGUCUCCGAUUUCGAGGCCUAUGAUGCACUGCAGCGAGGUGAUGAGAAGGCGGUGGAGAGAGCCCAGGGUUGGCGACUGGAUCGCUUCAAGUUCCUGCCCAUGGUUGAACGCGCCUACGAAACGAACCCGACCGCCCAUUGGUACAUCUUCCUCGAAUCCGAUACCUACUACGUGUGGGAUAAUCUCUUCCGUCUUCUUGAUCAGUACGACCCCUCGGAACAGUUAUAUUUCGGUUCACCCGCACCGGGGAGGAAAAUUAGUGACAGCAAGAAGACCUAUUUCGCUUACGGUGGGGCGGGAUUUGUCCUUUCCAGCGCUGCGGUAAAGAAGCUGUUUUCUCGGCAUCACGGUUCUCACGGUCAAUAUGUCCAGCCGUCACUGAGUUUACAAUACGAGGAAUUGAUCAAAAGCGAUUGUUGCGGAGAUUCUGUCUUAGGGUGGGUGUUGUACGAAAAGGGUAUCAAGUUGUCGGGGCUGUGGCCCAUGUUUAACCCGCAUCCGUUUCAUGGCAUUCCGUACGACAAUGCCUAUUGGUGUCAGCCGGUGAUUAGCAUGCACAAGACUUUAUUUUCGGACAUGAAGGGGCUGAUCAAGUGGGAAAAUCAACGUGAUCGCACGAAACCUCUACUCUACGCGGAUAUGUUUGAAUAUGCGCGACUGGGGACCUUUGAAAGCAAAGCCGACUGGGACAACGGAGACUGGGGUGGUUUUAGAGAGCCUGACGACUCGCCGGCGCACGCAUCGAUGGACGCCUGCCGGGCUGCAUGUCACGAUCAUCCGCAGUGUCUAUCGUACACGUAUGACCACUCUGGUCAUUGCAUCUUUGUCCCGACGAUCCGACUUGGCCAUAAUACGCCGGCCACAAAGGAAGUCCGGCUUUCGGCCGGGUGGGAUGUGGAGAAGAUCCGCAAUUGGCACGCAUCUCACAAAUGUGAGAAGCCGUUGUGGAUGAAGCCGAGUCUGACGCGGAUCUUCUAG